AUGAGGUGUCCCCGGUGCACCACGGGGCUCCGUCUGGCAUCUUUGAUCUCUGUCCAGUGCCCGAUUUGAUAACACUGCAACAAACAACAAAAGAGUUUCACCUCUGUUCGAGUACAUUUUCUAUAGUUUUACUUCAAACCAUAACCAGCAAUAAGCGUAUAGAAUCUCAAUUAUAACAAAAGUUUGUCACUAUGGCAAGUACUUCUUUGGACCAAAGUACUGUCGCUCAAAAAACAUGGGAAAUGACAAAUAAUAUCGAAACGAUCAGCACCGUUGACGAGAUCUAUAGAUAUGAUCGUAAAGAGCAACAGGAUAUAUUAGCUGCAAAGCCAUGGGAAAAGGAUCCCCAUUUCUUCAAAGAUAUAAAGAUCUCUGCAUUGGCAUUGUUAAAAAUGGUUAUGCACGCUCGUUCCGGAGGGACUUUAGAAGUAAUGGGUCUUCUUCUUGGAAAAGUAGCGGCGAAUACAAUGAUCGUUAUGGAUUCUUUUGCAUUGCCUGUAGAAGGCACGGAAACAAGAGUAAAUGCUCAAGCACAAGCUUACGAAUAUAUGUCUGCAUAUGUGGAUGCAGCUAAACAGGUGGGAAGACAGGAAAAUGCUAUUGGAUGGUAUCAUAGUCAUCCUGGAUACGGGUGUUGGUUAUCAGGCAUUGAUGUCUCUACUCAAAUGCUUAAUCAAAAUUUUCAAGAACCUUUUGUUGCCAUUGUUAUUGAUCCUGUGAGAACAAUUUCCGCUGGAAAAGUUUGUUUAGGUGCAUUUAGAACUUACCCAAAGGGAUAUAAACCAGCAAACGAGGAACCAUCGGAAUAUCAAACAAUUCCAUUGAAUAAGAUCGAAGAUUUUGGCGUUCAUUGCAAACAAUAUUAUUCCUUGGAAGUAUCUUAUUUCAAAUCCUCGUUAGAUAGACGAUUAUUAGAUUCCUUAUGGAAUAAGUAUUGGGUGAAUACUUUAAGUUCGUCUAGUCUUUUAACGAAUGCUGAUUAUACUACUGGACAAAUAUUUGAUUUAUCGGAUAAAUUAGAACAGUCGGAGGUUGCGCUUGGAAGAGGAUUUAUUUUAGGCGGUACGGAUCCUCAUGAUCGAAGCACAGUAGAAAAAUUAAUCAAAGCGACAAGAGAUAGUUGUAAAACCACCAUUGAAAUCAUUCACGGUUUAAUGGCACAAAUAAUUAAAGACAGACUGUUCAAUCAAGUCGGAUGCAAUAACGCCGUCGAGUCUCAGCAGCAGUAAAUUCUAUGUACAAAAAAAAUAAUUAUUAUAAAAAGAAAGUUUGUAAUAAGAUAAUAUACAUAAUGUGUAAUUAAUGUACGGAAAACUUUUUAAU